AUGGUGACCAAAUUAACAGCUUUGCAGCAAGAGCUGGUGAAUGCACUGGUAGAUUCUGGGGUCAACAAGGAGACCCUGAUUGAAGCUCUCCAGGAACUCGACCCCUAUCAACCUGCCAAGACCGAGGAAGCUCAGGGGUCGACGAUUAGUAUACUCCCCAGCGAUGGCCCCAAAGCCGAACCGCUGCCGGCUUUAGCGAACGGCCACAACCCCGACAAACUCUCCGGGGACGACAGCUCAGAGGACGGCGACGAGGACUACGACACUCCGGCUAUCCUGAAGGAACUGGUCAACCUCAGCCCCGAAGAAGCCGCCCAGCAAAGGGCAAUCGUGGAACAACUUCUCCAAGAGGAUCCAUGGAGGGCAGCAAAGAUGAUAAAGUGCUACAUGCAACAGCACAAUAUCCCACAGCGAGAAGUAGUGGACACAACUGGCUUAAACCAAUCUCACUUGUCGCAACAUCUGAACAAGGGGACGCCAAUGAAAAAUCAGAAACGGGCUGCUCUCUACACCUGGUAUGUCCGGAAACAGAGAGAGAUCGCCCAGCAGUUCAGUCAACCAACACAGAAGACAGGACAAAAUGUGGUGGAAAACAGACAGCAGCUGUUUCUCUUUGCAGAGUUCAACAAUUCAGCCUCAGGAGCUUCUGCGGAAGAACCUGUUGAAGAGCCAGCCAACAAGAAGAUGAGGAGAAACAGAUUCAAGUGGGGGCCUGCAUCACAGCAAAUUUUAUUUCAGGCUUAUGAGAGGCAGAAGAACCCAAGCAAGGAAGAACGAGAAGCUUUGGUUGAAGAGUGUAACAGAGCAGAGUGUAUACAGCGAGGGGUUUCCCCAUCACAGGCCCAUGGGCUGGGCUCUAACCUUGUUACCGAGGUGCGGGUGUACAACUGGUUUGCAAACCGAAGGAAGGAGGAGGCUUUUCGGCACAAGUUGGCAAUGGAUGCAUAUGGCACUCAACAACCCCACACAGUAACCCCUGUGACACCCCAUAAUAACUCACCCAUGCAGCCAAGUGCCUUGUCACCCAGUAAAUUACACGGAGUAAGGUAUGGACAGCAAGCAUCCAAUGAUGUUGUGCCUCCAUCUGUUAGUCAUCAGGGCAACAGCACUAUGGUGACGACUCACACUGUACUCCAACCUGUUUCUCCUCCGGGUCUGGAACCAAGCCACAGCUUGUUGACUACAGAUACCAAACUGAUAGCUGCCUCAGGAGGAACCCUACCCCCUGUCAGCACACUGACCGCCCUCCACAGCUUGCCACACAACCCCCACCCUGUAGCCCAACAGACCCAGAACCUCAUCAUGGCUUCCUUACCGAGUGUCAUGGCCAUUGCACCGAGACUUGCCACGACUCAAGCUCAGAACGUUCCGGUCAUUAACAGCGUGGGCGGCAGCCUGACGACCCUUCAGCCAGUGCAGUUUCCACAGCAACUACAUGCCCACCACCAGCAGCCAAUCAUGCAUCAGGUCCAGGGUCACAUGGCUCAGAGUUCAUUCAUGGCUACAAUGGCACAGCUUCAGAACCCACAUGCUGUAUACAGCCACAAACCAGAACUGCCGCAGUACCACACCAGCCUCUUCCCACAGACCAUGGUCUUCACGGAUGCCAGCAACUUUAGCGGUCUGACCAGUCUUCCUAUGGCCAAGCAGGUCUUGACACUAAAUUCGGAAAGCCAGUCAGAAAACCAGAUCCAUGCAGCCAUACAACAGGUACCUUUGCAGAAUUUGGAUGGAUCCAUUCAACAUAUCCAUCGAGUUUCCUCAAGCCCAGCCAUUACCACAGGCAGUCUGGUCAUGUAUCAAAACACACAGUCAGCAGACAGCCACAACCACCUGCUGUCGCCCAGUCACAGCAGCAUCGAGACCUUCAUCCCACAGCAGAUGGCCUCCACUGCACCGUAACCAUGCCAACCAAAGCUGACUAUCUUGUAACAUGCUUUAGGCCUGGAUCAAGUCAUUGGGAAAAAAACAAGAGGAUUAAAAAAAUUUUCCAAUGCUUUCAGUUAUGCUUGGGACAGUUAGUCUUUGACAAAAGCCAUGAACAUUCUGUGAAGAUGGUACUUAUUUGCAUAUUUUUGACUUUAGAAUUACUUUAUUAUACAGGGCUGUUUUGAGAGAUGUUGAUGUGCAAUAGGUUUAAUGAAAAUCCUCAAAUCAUACGUCUAAUUCAAGUGUUGCAUAAAGUGGAAGGGGUUGGGUGGUGUGUGGAUGGAGCAUUACAGUCCAAACGCAAACGCAAAUCAUGCAAACCUCUACCCCAGAUGUUCCCAAUAAUGUGAUACUCUAUAGAGAUAUUUAGCAUUGCCAAGCCUGCAUUUUGUGCUGUCAUUUUGUACACAUAAAUUAAGUUCACAAGAUAAAAUUUAAGUCUGAUUUUGAAAUACCUUUUCCUCACUUUAAGUAUAUAUUUACUAUUUUUAUCCUUAACCUCCUGAUUGUAAAAAUUGGACUGAAGUAUUUAACUAACAAAUUGUUAAAUGUCAUUGCAGCUCACUUUGUAAACUCUGUAGAUUCACUU